AGUACGGGACGAUACUCCCGUUAGUUACGUCGAAGCCAAAAAACUACCGAUAACACCAAGUCUUUACUUAUGUUCUGUCAUCGGAAAUUGCUAUUUUUUCUGUACCAGAGUUGAGACAGAAGUGUGUGUUGUGUGUAUGUUAUAUGUAAUAUGAAAAGAAGAAUGUGUCGAUCUACAUACGAUGUGACCGACACGGCGACACUGCCUAUGAGUUUACACGUAUAUAGCGAGAGAGUCAUCCUAUACAUAUGUUAUGUAUAAGCACCUACAUCAAGUAGUCAAGUGACAUCAACUUCUUUUAAUUUGUCAAGGAAACAAUUUUUUCCUGGGGAAACUAUUUAACGUGAUUAUAUCUUUGUCGGCAUGGAAACUCAUAUAAAUAAUUGUAUCUUUUGCGAUAUCAUAAAUAACAGAACACCAAGCGAGAAGAUAUACGAGGAUGAUUAUGUGACGUGUAUUAAAGAUAUUAAUCCAGCUUCGACCCAUCAUUAUUUAAUACUGCCAAAUAAACAUAUACGCAAUGCAAAAGAACUUCAACCAGAAGAUGCUUCACUUUAUGACAGAAUCCUUUCUACAGUGGAUAUAAUAGCAGAAAAACAAGGUUUGGACCUUGCAGUUACACGUACUGGUUUUCAUUGGCCACCAUUUAAUACAAUACAUCAUUUGCAUUUACACGUUAUUUCCCCUAUAUGCAAUAUAGGCUUAUUUAAAAGAUUUAUGUUCAAACCCAACUCGUAUUGGUUUGUAAACACGGAGUAUGUGAAGUCUUAUUUUAAAGACAAAAAUAAUCCUAGUACAUCAAGCUAAAAUAAGCUUAAAGGCAAGAUCAAUAGCUGUGAUAUAUUUUUUUGGAGUUUUAUAUGAUUAUGACAUUUUAACAAUUAAAUUCACUACAGACAUUACCUUAUGUGUUGUACAUUGUAAAUGUAUAAACAUGGUUUAUAUAUGUAAAUUAUUUCCAUUGUUGUUAAAUGUAAGGAAAAAUAACUAAAGGAAAUUUAAGUGGA